GCGCUUCGCCGGGCGCCGGCCGGGGCCGAAGCGGUUUUAAGUGUGGCCGCUUAACCCGAGCUAUGCAAACUGCGGGCUCGGGGGCGCGCCUGCCGCUGGCAAUGCUGCUGCUGCUUUCGGCCGGGGCCCGGGUGGCUGCCGCCGCCGUGCCCCCAGCCCCGCCGCUCUUCAACGUGAGCCUGGACACGGCCCCCGAGCUGCGCUGGCUGCCGGCGUUGCAGCACUUCGACCUGGACUUCGUGCGUGCCACGAUGGCCCACAUCCUCGGGGAUUCGGUCCCCAAGUGGGUCCACGCAGUAAUGCGAAAGGCGGUCAGGGAGCUGGAAGGCUCCCUGCCCCAGCCCUUCACCGACGAGAUCCGCGGCAUGUGCGACGUCCUCAACUUCAGCCUGGCCGACUGCCUCCUCAUUAACCUGGCCUACGAGUUCACCGCAUUCUGCACAAGUAUUGUGGCUCAAGACUCCAAAGGCCACAUUUACCAUGGCCGGAAUCUGGAUUAUCCGUUUGGAGAUUUCUUACGCAAGAUGACCAUGAAUGUGCAGUUCGUAAAGAAUGGGCAGAUUGCAUUCACAGGAACCACUUUCAUUGGCUAUGUGGGAUUAUGGACUGGUCAGAGUCCACACAAGUUUACAAUUUCUGGCGACGAACGAGAUAAAGGCUGGUGGUGGGAGAAUGUGAUCGCUGCCUUUUUUCAGAAACACUCUCCGAUCAGCUGGCUUAUCCGCACUACUCUGAGCGAAUCAGAAAACUUUGAAGCCGCUGUUUACAAAUUGUCCACAACUCCCCUUAUUGCUGAUGUGUAUUAUAUUGUUGGUGGCACAUCCCCCCGGGAAGGAGUGGUCAUUACAAGGAACAGAAAUGGCCCGGUGGACAUUUGGCCUCUGGAUCCUUUAAGUGGAGCGUGGUUCCGAGUUGAGACAAAUUACGACCACUGGAAGCCCGCACCUAAGGAAGAUGACCGAAGAACACCUGCCAUCAAAGCCCUUAAUGCCACAGGCCAAGCAAACCUCACCCUGGAGGCCCUCUUCCAGGUUUUGUCCGUGUUUCCAGUUUAUAACAAUGACACGGUUUAUACUACAGUAAUGAGCGCUGCCAACCCAGAAAAGUACAUGACGAAGAUCAGAAACCUGGGUUAAAAGGAAGUAAGCAGGAGAGUGAAUUCACCUGCUAUAAAAGGUGAUUUUUAAAAAAUGGAGUUCUUGAAGACCUGCACUUUAAAAAAUAAAACAAAGUAAAAGAUCUGUUUUAUUUUAUGAACAA